AUGGGGUCUAAAAAACAACCCCGUCAGGUCAGCGACCCGUACGAGUACAUCAUUAGCUGGGCCAAGCAGAUCAGCAACGAAGGUGGCGACGAACAGAGUGGUGAAGAUGGUGACAAUAACAGAACCUGCGCAGGGGACGAGGGCGAGCUUGAUGUUACCUCUGACAGCGGUGACAGCGUUGAGGAAAUCGUCGAUAUAUAUCUCGACAUGCAACGUGAACUCAAACAGGCAAAGGCCCACAAUCCCUACAAGCAGCUCGAUGAAUGGGCGAAACAGUUUGACGAUAACCAGGAAGAGAGCAUUGUGAAUCAGGCUGAGCGGAAGGAAGAAGAAAAAAAUAAGUAUGCGCCAGAGCCGGACAGCACAGAGAAAAGGGGACGACCAGACGCCGUUAAUUGGAUAAACAACAACGAUGGCAACAGCGGCGCCAACACCGACGAACACAUCAAAAACGAGAGGAAGAUUGGGAAUGACGAGAAGAAGGGCAAGCAGACAAGAUGCACCCACAGCCUAGUCAAUCACGAAGCCGCGUCUGUGAUUGAGCCAGUUAAGGCCCAGCCCGCAUCCACUGGUGGCUCCUUCAGCAAUACUUCAACGACUGAAGUCAGCAACACCCACGGCAAGGGCAAAACCGAACCCCGCUCCUCGUCCCCAUCAGAUAUCGACGACGACUACUUCCAUGUCGUCCGCCAUCCGGGGAUGUAUGCGCUGCGAAUUCACACCUGGAAUCGGAGGCAACCGGCUGUUGGUGAUCUUACCUUCGUGGGCCCUGUUCCUGGAACCGCUGUGCAACCAUAUGUUACUAAUGAGUUCAACGGUGAGGGGGAAGAUGGUAGCGACUGGGAAAGCUAUCAGACGUACUUGACGGACCAAUUCUGGAGUGGAAGCAAGGGGAAUGAAGAGGGAGGACGGGCACGGGGAUGGCCUCAACUGGAAUAA